UGGAAUGUGAAUCGAUAUCGGGUGGAAUAAAUUUGGACAUAGCAGAGGCGCCUUUCAUGUUAUCCUUGAGGCAAAAUGGAGAACACGUUUGCGGCGCCGCGGUCAUUAGUCCAGACUGGGGUAUAACGGCUGCGCACUGUCUGCCCUCGACAGGGGUUGGGGUGACAGUGAGGAGUGGUUCUGUGCAGAGGGACAGCGGGGGUGUUUUGCACAAUGUGACGCAGAGAGUUAUUCAUCCAAAAUACGAGGAAACAAUUCAGGAUUACGAUAUCGCAGUUUUCAGGGUUGAUCCUCCCUUCGAGAUGAGUGAGACAACUGCAGCUAUAGAAUUACCCCCCAAUUGUGAUAAAGAAUUGAGAACAGAAUGGGCUAGCAUCGCCGGUUGGGGAGCAGUUCCGACGCAGGAAGACGAUAAUGAUGUGACCUCGAAGAACUUGAAGUACGCAAUGGUACCGAGAACACCGAGUGCUGAUUGCAUUGAUAAUUACAAGGCCGUGUACAGAGUGACCCCACGACAUAUUUGUUAUGGAUACCAAGAUGGAGGGGCUGACACUUGCAAAGGAGAUUCUGGAGGACCUCUUUACAACACCGAGAGUAUUUUAAUUGGAAUUACAUCCUGGGGAGACGUUUGCGGUGAAAAAUUCACCCCCGGGGUGUACACGGAUGUCAUUCAAUUGACAGAUUGGAUCCACAACGCCACGGGCAUCCGGUAAAUCGUCAUUUAUUCAAACAAAAAAUAUGAGAAAAUAAAAAAUUGAAUUAUGUGUCGAUUACAAA